AUGAAGCGAGUCGUAGUAGUGCUAUUUAUUUUGUGUAGCACAUCAUAUUGUGACAAAUUACCAAAAAAAAAAAUAAAUCAUAAUGACAGAAAUAUGAAAGGGCAUGAGGAACAGCGUAGUAUUUUUGGAAAUUUGCAUGAUGGUUGGAGCGAUAAUAAUGCGCCAAGUUCACUAAAAACAACUAAAGGCGGCUCAUUAUUCAAUUUUGGACUGCCAAAUUUUGGUUCAAUUCCAACUCCAGGCAUUCAAGAUUGUUAUUGCCAGCCUAGUAUCGGUCCAAAGGGUCCAAAUGGUAUUCCAGGCCACAAGGGAGCCAAAGGAUCUGCAGGAGGUCCUGGUGAACCGGGCUCAAUGGGUGAUCCAGGAAAUAAAGGUGCUGCAGGUCCAGUGGGUAUACCAGGAGAUCAAGGUAUAAAAGGGGCAAUAGGUCCCCAAGGACAACCAGGAUUUCCGGGAGACCCUGGUAUUAAAGGUAUUGCAGGUCCUCCAGGACCAACAGGAUCCCAAGGACCAACUGGCGACCCUGGUGUGCCAGGCCUUCCUGGUAUUCCAGGAGAUCCUGGUCCAACAGGAGCAAUGGGACCUGAUGGAGAUCCUGGCGUAUUAUUACCUCCCGGAAAAUGA